UUUAUUUAUUAAUCCAUUUAUUAAUUAUGCAUUUGAUUUAAUCAUAAAAAUUACAUUUUUGUUUUGAAACUUGCGAAAACCGCAUAAAUUGGUUGAAAUGAAGUUUCCAAACAAAGCAAGCGCUGAAAAUUUUACAAGUAUUAUUAAAACAGUCUUGCCUAAAGAACUUCCUGAAGCACUACCAAAUACUUGUAAAAGUGAGUGUCCGCUUAAUGCAAAUAACUUUAUUGAGAAUUCCCAAAUAUGUAGCGUGGGAUUUAAUUUUUUAAAUCUUUCACUUUCAAAACAAAAACCAAAAAUGGAAUUGUCUGAUCAUCAGAAAGGUAAUAACUUAGAACAAACUGAAAUAAUAUCCAUAUCCUCGAGGGAAAGUGAGGAAAAAACUCCAAUAAAAACUGAGAAAAUUAAAAAAUUAAGAAAUGUGACAACCAAAGUAAAGAAGGAAAAAGCAGAGGGAGGAAAAAGUAGAAAAACUUCGCAAAGCAUAAAUGAAUCCUCAGUUAAAACUCCAAAAAUUAGAAAAAGUAUCCUUAAAACUAAAAGCCCAUUAAAAAGACGUAGCAAAAAUUCGAAUGAUGAAUCCGAUUUCGUAGGGGAGGAAAGAAUUAUUGGAAAUUCGUCCAAAAAUUAUAAAGUGGAAAUUAAGGAAGAAAAAACAAAGAGCCAAAGCAGGAAAAAAAAGCUAGAAAUUUUAAAUGAAAUCUCAGUUGAAACUCCUAAAACUAAAAAAACAAAAGUUAAAGCAAAAAGUACAAUUAAAAAGAAUUUCAGUAAUAAUUCUGACGACGACUCUGAUUUUGACACAGAAAAGAAACCCAUCAUUCGUAGAUUGACUAGAUCAACAAAUUUAAAAAAAAUUAGUUAUAAAAAUCAUCCUCCGAGUCAAACUAGAAUUGAAAAAUAUUUCACAAUAACACCAAAAAAUAAUACUAUCAGCUAUUUUAAAACUUUUGAUAAAUCUAAGGUAAGGGAAUCGAAAACUGAGCCUUGUACGAUAGAAAAUGUGAAUUCAUAUUUAGAUUAUUAUCUUCAAGAAAUAAAAAUUGAAAACAACUUAGAGGGGACCAACCUUAAUUUAGACAAAUUUAAUAAAGAACAAGCAGAUACAGAAGACAAAAAUUUUAAUUUUGCAAAUGCCGUCAAAGAGGAACGAAACGAUUGCGAUGUAAAUUUAGUUAGUUCUAUGAAUGCUGCUCUUAUUGCUAGGAAUGUAGAGGGUGCGAGCACAAAAUCUCUAAGUUCAGCUCAUAUACAAAAUUUGAGAAAUCAAAUUCAGUGCAACAUGUCAAGUGAGAGUUUUGCUUUAAGCGAAACAGCACGAAUUCACAAGAGUUCAAGUUUUCAAAAAUCUUCCGAAAGUAAAAUAACAAUGGAGAAUGAAGAAAUUCAACCUACAAAGUCUAAGAGAGCUAGAAAGAGAUUAUCAUUCAAAAAUUCAGGUCCAACUAAUCAAAUGGAACAAAAAUUGUCGGAAUUAGAUUCGUUAUUAUCGUUUCCUGUUUCAGAAAGGUCUUUGAAGACAAAUAGCACUAAAACCGAAAAUAGCUGCAAGGAAAAUUUUCGAUCUGAAAAUUGUACAAUAAACAUUAGCGAUGAGGAUAGCGAACCAAUCUUAAAGCAAAAGGAGACUACUAAUAUUAAUAUAAAAGGAAGAAAAACUAAAUCAAAUCACAAAACCCAAAAAUCUGUAGAAUGUCCGUUUUAUAAAGUAGUUAGUGGAACUACCUUCGCAGUAGAUGCUUUUCGUUUCGGUUAUAUAGAAGGCAUUACGCAUUACUUUUUAUCGCAUUAUCAUGGUGAUCAUUACAUUGGAUUGAAAAAAGCAUUUUCGAUGCCAAUUUAUAUGUCAUCCAUUACUGCCAGACUAGUGGAAGGAUUCAUCCAUGUUAAUCCAGAGUAUAUAAAUGUAAUUGAUCCAAAUGAAUCCAUAAAUAUAAAUGGAAUUGAAAUUACCGCAAUUGAUGCCAAUCAUUGCCCGGGUGCUGUAAUGUUUGCUUUUAAAUUUCAAAACGGUAAUGUAACAUUGCAUACAGGAGAUUUUAGAGCGUCUUUUGAAAUGGAAUCAAAUCCAUAUUUCUGGAACAAUGAAGUUCAAACGAUAUAUUUAGAUACUACUUACUUGAAUAAUAAUUACGAUUUUAAACCGCAAUUCGAAAGUAUAGAAGAUGUAAGAAACUGUGUCAAAAAAUUUGAAGAGAAGCAUAUUGGAAAAAGAAUUUUAUACAUUUGUGGAUCAUAUGUAAUUGGCAAAGAAAAAGUUUGGGCAGCUAUUGCUGAAAUGACUGGACAAUCUGUAUACACGUCUGGAAAUAGACUGAAAGCCUUAAGAUGUAUUGCCGACCCGGAGCUAGUGAAAUAUAUUGGGAAUGAUCCGAAAACAGCGGGUAUUCAUGUUUUGUCUGUUGGCGAACUAUUCUAUGAUAAACUAUUUAAAUAUUACAAAACUUACGAAGAGUAUUUCGAUUUAGUAUUAGCUAUUCGCCCCAGUGGUUGGGAAAGAAAUUCUAAGCCGCAAUACCGAGGCAAAAUCAAUAUUGUUGGUAUAGAGUACUCAGAGCAUUCAAGUUACUCGGAGCUUCGACGGUUUAUUAGAUUUUUGCAGCCACGUUCCAUAAUUUCAACAGUUCCAAAUGGAUCGGAUAUAUCAAAAACAUGUCCAAUUCCAAUCAAUUGGUUUGAUAAUCGAUUAAAACCAAAAUUAAUUGCAUAUCAGCCAUCUAUAACAAAUUUUGCUAGUAGUAGAAAAAAAUAUAAUAAAAAACGUUUGAAAUCGGAAGAAGCAACUUGUUCGAAAUAUUUAGAAGAUAGUCGUUAUGAUCUAUUUGUUAGUCCCAUUAAAACAGAAACUAUUAUUUCAUCUAAAUCAAAAAUUAGUUGAUAUGUAAUUGUUGUGCGAUGAGGAGUAUUCACAAUGCCAUUAAUAAUCGUCAUUUUAAUUUAAUACUAAAUCAUUAACUAGAGUAUUAUCAUAUAAUUUCUAGUAAUAGUUCUUUCUAAGUUACAAAAACAUUCAAGCCUUAUUUUGUUCAUAAAAAUCAAAUUGAAGAAGUAUUUUUACCAGUUUAGUUAAAAUAUUUCUCAAAUAUUUUAGAAAGGUUACAAUUUACAAUUAUGUUGUUGUAAAUAUAUUUUAUGCAAUUUUUAUAUUAAUUUUUCGUAAAUUUUGUUUAAUUUCAGUUGCUAUAAUAGAAUUAGUUCCUUAUUUUGUUUUAUACUGUUUUCCUUUAAAAAUAAUGUUUUAAAAUAAAUUAAUGCAUAUAUAUGUACGUAUUUAGCUAAAUAAAAUCAGAUUUAAUUAGAAAAUGCUAAAAAGGAUCCACAUGUUUAAAAUAAUAAUAAUGCUAUAAAAUCGCAAACUAAACUGUUGGGAUGUCAGAUAGCAGUUUUUGUGAUAUUUCAAAGGUUGAUAAAUUUUGUAAACGUAAUUUUGUAAAUCGUUGCAAGUAAUAAAUUGUUCUACAUAAUAUAAUAUAUGUUAUAAUAUAUGUAGAACAAUUAUAUUAAUAUAUGUUAAUAAAUUUUUAUUACUUUA